AUGGCUGCAAUUUACAAAUUUUCCAAAAAAUAAAGGCUGACUUUAAAGAUGUUGAAAACUCACUCUACCCUUUAGACCCAACACAGCCCAAUAGCACACACCUCCUCAUUUACGGCCCAACCUUUCCAUUCCCCAAAACCCAAAAAAAAGCCCAAUUUCUCUCUCCAUCUUCUCAAACUUGAACUCAACUCAAUUCAAUUCAAUUUUGCGCAGAAAGCCAUAGCAGCAUCUCACAACACCACCAUUACACAGAAAUUACGAGCUCAAACAACUACAUCAAUGGCGGAAGUUGCUAACCCUGGAAGUGACGUUCCUCCUAAUCAAACUAUCUACAUCAACAAUCUCAAUGAAAAAAUCAAGCUCGACGAGUUGAAAAAGUCGCUAAAUGCAGUUUUUUCUCAGUUUGGGAAGAUAGUUGAGGUAUUAGCAUUCAAAACGUUGAAGCAUAAAGGUCAAGCUUGGGUUGUUUUUGAGGAGGUUUCUUCUGCUACUAAUGCGCUUCGUCAAAUGCAAGGUUUUCCUUUCUAUGAUAAACCUAUGAGAAUACAAUAUGCAAAGACCAAGUCAGAUAUAAUUGCAAAAGCUGAUGGUACUUUUGUUCCCCGAGAAAAACGAAAGAGGCAUGAGGAGAGAGCAGGUAAGAAAAAGAAGGAACAACAGGAUGCUAAUCAAGCAGCUGUGGGCAUGAAUUAUCCGGGAGCAUAUGGUGUAGCUCCUCCUCUUUCACAGAUCCCAUAUAUGGGUGCCAAACCAAUCGUUCCAGAGGUCCCAGCUGCACCAAACAACAUUCUUUUCGUUCAGAAUCUUCCACACGAGGCAACUACAUUGAUGCUGUCGUUGCUUUUUAGACAAUAUCCUGGCUUUAAGGAAGUGCGUAUGGUGGAAGCUAAGCCUGGCAUUGCAUUCGUGGAGUAUGAAAAUGAAAUGCAAUCAACAGUUGCAAUGAACGCACUUCAGAAUUUCAAGAUGGUUGAUAACGCUAUGUUAAUCACAUAUGCAAAGAAAUAGAUGAACAGAACAUCUGUGUUUAACAUUGCAUACUUUUAGAUGGCUUUUGGUCUGGGAAUUUUAAGUUGUAAUGUUGUUUCUGCGCUGCCAUGUGUUCUUCAUGGUAUUUUUAAGGCACGUUGAUUAUAUAUAGUUCAGGAUGUAAAAUUUUAGCUGGAUAUAUAUUUCUGCAACUGUAAUCAAAUCCAAAUAGUAUUGAUACUGGUUCUUGUGUUUCCUCACUUUUUGAAAAUGCAUGCACCAUGAAUUUCGCCUUC